AUGGACGCGUCCGCGAUGGGAGUCCAGGUCCCCAAGAAGAGGAGGAAGAACACGAAUGUCUCUCGCAGAUCCGACCUCGACGCGUUCGAAGCCGAGUCAGCCGACUUCGCCAAGACGGCGCGCCAACACGAGAAGGGCCUUGGGCCGCUUUCCGUGCCAACUGAGAUCUCAAUUGGGAAGAGGUUCCAGGCACUUGGAGCACACGAGAGCACGGAGUCGUGCGCGGCCUCCGCGGCGAGCACGCCAGCACCGUUCCAGGGCAUGGUCGUCGAAAGCUACUCUGACGAGACGGCGGCGGAGGCAGAGAAGCGCGUGCUGGCGCAGUAUGACCUGAAGAAAAGCACACCGCAAGCUGCGUCGGCCGAGUUGCCGCUUGAGAUCAAGUCCUGCAAUCCAGACCUCAAGAAGCGGUACGAGAAGGUGGGCACCAAGAGGGACGCCCAGCAGUCCGUUCGCAGAGAAUGGCUGCAGAACAGGAUCGGGGCGAAAUUGAAGGAGCACAACGAGAAGAACACGACGUACGAGGAGCUCGACGCGUGCAUUGGCAAAUACAAAUCCCUCACGAAGAUGUGGAAGGACGAAUGCGGUACCAAGGCUGCCUGGUGCAUCGCCCAGAACGUAGCGGAGACGAACUUUCGGCUGUACACGGAUGGCCACACCGUCAACGGCCACCCCUACAUCAAGUACAAUACCCAGAAGAAUAUCGUGCAAUUCCUGGAGCUCUCCGAGGAGGUAGGCCGCAAGCACACGACCGCCUGGAGCAGUAUCAAGCAGUACGGUGGCAAGGACGGAGCUGACGAAGAUGACCGCCGUGGCAAAGAGGGGGCGAAUCGCCCGCUCAAGAGGCCUGCAGCCGCGCUGACUACGACGCCAGAUGCAAAGCAGAUGGGCGCUAGCAUCAAGAAGGCAAUGCAGCUGUUCUCACAUGCCACCACUACGAAGAUCAACUGCGGCGCGAUCGAGCACGCCAUCAAGACGGAUCCUGCAUGGGUGCGGUUCAACACGGAGACAGCUACACAACCCUUGCUUGCGGAGAAGGCCAAGCUGGAGGCGGCCCUGCAGGAUCCCCUGUGGAAGCAGAUGAGCAAGAACUCGACGAAGGAGUUCCCAGCCUUUGCGAAGAAGACCUGGACCUCGAAAGAGAUCGACAAGAUGAUAAAGGGAUCGGGGCUCGAGAGUGCGACAUCAAAUUUAGCGCAGGAGAUCGAGAUGCUUCAG